UUUUUUUUCGUUCAAUCGUUUUUCACAUUAAUUUUAUUCCAUUAAUUUUUGUUUUGUUUUUUUUUUGUUGUUGUAAUCAUUGUGUAUCCGUUAAUAAAACAACGGAACAAACAAAAUCUAUCAACCUGGAAUCGACAACUAGAUUAACGCCACCGGAUUCUUAUAUCCUACCCGAUACAUCAUCACCGGGUUUACAUACCACGAUGUCUUCGUGGAGUACCGGUUUUACCACUAAAGUGGAAAUAGCACAGCCACAACCAUCAUCCGGUUCGAUAAAAGCACAAAUUGAAAUAAUACCGUGCAAAGUAUGUGGCGAUAAAUCAUCCGGUGUACAUUAUGGUGUUAUUACCUGUGAAGGAUGUAAAGGAUUUUUUCGUCGUAGCCAAUCAUCGGUUGUUAAUUAUCAAUGUCCACGGCAAAAAAAUUGUGUGGUUGAUCGAGUGAAUCGUAAUCGUUGUCAAUAUUGUCGUCUACAAAAAUGUCUAGCCUUAGGAAUGUCACGUGAUGCGGUAAAAUUCGGCCGAAUGUCUAAAAAACAGCGAGAAAAAGUUGAAGAUGAAGUACGAUAUCAUCGUGCACAAUUAGUAAGGCCCGGUAGUGGUGGUGGCGGUCAUUCACAGCAUCCAUCAACAAUGAAUAAUCAACAACAACAUCAAACACCUACUUUAAUACAAACCGGAGGUGGUGGUGUUGGUAGUGUAUGUGGUAUGACACAAAUUGUUACAGCAAGUACGACAACAUCACCAAAUGGUGGACAAGUUUUAUCAACUGGAUUAGGUUGUAGCAAUUCACCAAAUAAUAAUGGUCCAUUAAUAACGAAUAUUGGUGGUCAAACAUCAUCAACAUCAUCAUCAUCAUCAUCAACAUCGGCAUCAUCAUUAACAAUAACAGCAUUACAUGGACAAUUAAAUUCAACGACGAUACCAUUAUCUAAUGGACAGCAGCAACAACAACAGCAGCCGCAUCAACAUAAUCAGCAGCAACAUCAACAAUCAACGAUAACACGUGUACAACAACAACAACAGCAAUCCGGUGGUAUAAAUCAACAAUCAAAUAAUUCAUCUGUUGUUGUUGCAGCUGUUGCAUCAAGUACACAAUUUCAACAACGGCAACAACAACAAGAAACAUCACCUGAUUCAUCGGUAUUGGAACAACAACCACAACAACAGCCUUCAUCAUCAAGUCAACAUGUAUCAUAUUCAUCAUCAUCCGCAUCAUCAUUAACAAAUGGAUAUUCACAAUAUUCAAAUGGUGAUCUAACGGGUAACGUUAUGAAUAAUAAUAGUCCCGGUACAACAACAACAACAUUAUAUGCUCAGGAUAAACCGUAUACAUUAUAUGCAGCCUAUACAACAACAAGUGGUGGAACGAAUAAUAAUAAUAAUAAUAAUAAUAAUUCGCAACAACAACAACAUUCAACAACAGCAUCUCAACAACAACAACAAGCGGCUAAUAAUAUGUUUGAUAUGAUACCAUCAUCAACAGAUUUUGUUGAUAGUACAACAACACAAUUUGGUGAAUUAAAAUCAUCAUCAACAAUAUCGACUGCAACAACAACGCAGAAUAAUUGUCAAACGACAACAAUAAAUAAUGAUCCAACAGCAUCAUCAUCAACAUCGACAAUGUCACCGGAUACAAAUUUACAUCAAUUAAAUUCAACAAUAACAACAACAAUGAUGGGUUCACCAAACGAUUGUUCCAAUAAUAAUAAUAAUAAUCAUAUUGGUGGUGGAUCAUCUACGACGACAACAACACCACAGCAGAAUAAUAAUAAUAAUAAUAAUUGUUUGGUUACAUUAACGGCAAAUCAUUCGCAUUUAGAAUUAUUAACAAAAACUGUAGCCGAUGCACAUACGAGAACAUGUCUAUUGACAACCGAACAGAUUAUCGAUUGUAAACGUAAACCAAUGGAUCUUAGUCGUGUUUUUGAAUUCAAAAAUCUUUCACAUGAUCAACAAUGGUUACGAUGUGCAGAUAAAUUGACCGAUAUGAUACAGCAGAUAAUUGAAUUUGCAAAAAUGAUACCCGGUUUUAUGAAAUUAUCACAAGAUGAUCAAAUUGUUUUACUUAAAGCCGGAAGUUUUGAACUUUGUUGUUUACGUAUGUCACGUUAUUAUGAUCUAAAUACUAAACAAGUUGUUUUUAAUGGUGGCCUUAUGCCUAUCGAUGCAUUCCUAAGUCAAGCUGAUAUAACUGAAUCAAAAUUAAUAUCACAAGCAUUUCAAUUUGCCGAACAUUUGGCUGAUCUCAAAUUGACUGAAGCUGAAUUGGCUUUAUUCUCUGCCUAUGUUUUAAUAUCUCCAGAUCGAUCUGGCCUAAAAGGCAUUCUAGAGAUACAACGAUUAAAUCAAGCCAUAAUGAAAGCAUUACGUAAUGAAUUAAAUCGUACACAUAAGAAUACAUUUUUCAUUAAAGGCGAUGUUACAAUCAUCGAUAUAUUGUUAGCCAAAUCGGGACAAUUACGUGAACUAUCAAUAUUACAUAUGGAAGCAUUGAAUAAAUUUCGUCGCCAAUCAUCACAUCUAAUAUUUCCUGCCUUACAUAAAGAAUUGUUUUCAAUUGAUCAACCGGAUCAACAGCUUGUUUGAAAAUUGAUAUUCUUCAUUUUCAUUCAUUCUCAAAAAAAUACAUCAUUUUGU